CUUAGCUACCUCUUGCAACCCCUAUACCUGAUCCAAAGCUCCUAGCCUGUGCAGGAGGUGCAGGAGUUUAUAUCUGAGGACAUCAAAACACUCAUUUGUCCUGUUUGAAGCAGUAAAUCCUGGUGACUUUGUUUAUGCUAAUGAAGUCUGACAUCACUUGUAACAUCAAAGCAUCAGAGAGCAAAUAUAAGCAGGUUCCCUGCAGCUGAGAGGAGCGAGGCAGCCUCUAGCUGGCAGUAUCUUCUAGGGGGAACAUCAGUGCAGUAAACUCAGAUCCUCAGUCACCCACCUUCCUAGCAGACUCUCACUGUGCUCCUCAGACUGCUUACUGAUCUGUUAUUGUGGCUCCCAGCACUAUGGAUCUGUGUGUUUGUCUUCAUGAACCUGGUGUUUGCAACAAGGGAUUUAAUAACUGCAGCCUGUGUUUAAACUUCACUGGAAGGCAAAAGGGAAUCUCAGAAGAACUCUGGGUCCACUGGAAAAUUACAUGGUUCUCGUCCCCAUUUACUGAGUGUGACGAAGAGAGUGCAAUAAAAGGCCUGGAAAUUUAUUGUAUCGGAUACUUUAUAUAUUUAUUGUUGGGCUAUUACAGUUUUAAGAUGAAGAUUCAUUUUCUGUUGUGGACUUUAUUAAGCUUUGUUUUUCAUACAAGGAUAUGUCAGAGCAUCAAAUGGCUAGCACUGUCCAAGACUCCGCUAUCUCUUGCUUUGAAUCAGACCCAGCACUGCAAGCAGCUGGAAGGGUUGGUCUCUUCACAAAUGCAGCUGUGCCGCAGUAAUCUGGAGCUCAUGCAAACAAUAAUACAUGCAGCAAAAGAAGUGAAGAAGUCGUGUGUUAGAGCUUUCUCAGACAUGAGAUGGAAUUGCUCGUCCAUAGAGCUGGCACCAAACUUUCAUCAAGAUUUGGAAAGAGGUACCAGAGAGUCUGCUUUUGUAUAUGCCCUAUCGGCUGCCACCAUCAGCCACACCAUUGCAAGGGCGUGCACCACGGGGGACAUCCCUGGCUGCUCAUGUGGUCCUAUACCAGGAGAUGUUCCAGCACCUGGAUAUCGAUGGGGUGGAUGUGCUGACAAUCUCAAUUAUGGUCUUCUCAUGGGAUCUAAAUUUUCAGAUGCUCCAAUGAAAAUGAAAAAAGCAGGAUCCCAGGCUAAUAAACUCAUGCACCUGCACAACAGUGAAGUGGGGAGACAGGUGUUAAAAGCCUCUCUGGAAAUGAAAUGUAAGUGCCAUGGGGUCUCCGGGUCCUGCUCCAUUAAGACAUGCUGGAGAGGUCUACAAGAACUCAGAGAAAUCGCCUUGGACCUGAAAACAAAGUAUCUAUCAGCAACAAAGGUUGUGCAUCGGCCUAUGGGAACGCGGAAACAGCUGGUGCCAAAGGACAUUGACAUACGACCUGUUCAAGAAACUGAACUUAUAUAUCUUCAAAGCUCCCCAGAUUUUUGCUUGAAAAAUGAGAAGUUGGGGUCACAUGGAACACAAGACAGACAAUGUAAUAAAACAUCCAAUGGCAGUGACAGUUGUGAUUUAAUGUGCUGCGGCAGAGGAUACAACCCCUACAUGGACACAGUCAUUGAAAGAUGCCACUGCAAAUAUCACUGGUGUUGCUAUGUGACUUGCAAAAAAUGUGAAAGGACUAUCGAGAGAUAUGUUUGCAAAUGAAAAGUAAACCAUUAACACAAAUCCAAACAGCAGCCAAUCCUACAGCACUGCCCUUCAGAAUGGAAUUACUUUUUCUCCAGACUCUUUGUUUAUAAUGGUUAAAAAAAAAAAGUGCCAAAAAUACAAUGUAGGAAAAAAAUAAAUAAAGACUUUUGUGUAAGGCAUUUUUGACUGAUUUAAAGAAGACCAUGGGCCAAGUGGUUUUCUCUGCUGCCAACGCAACGCAACUUCUAAAAUAUGAAUGUUAUUUUUAUGGAGGAAAAAAGAGGAUUCUGGCAUUUUUUUUUUGAUGUGCAACUAACUUUGGAAUAUCUAACUGAAAUCUUACAGAGUCUGGUGUUAUCAACUGCUGUUUAAAAGAACUUCUUUGGGAAGUAUGUGGAAAUGUAUUUUUUUUUUUGCAUAAGAAAAGGGAACCUGUAUAGGAACUGCAGGCAAAUACAAAGUGUGAAAAGUGAAAGAUAUAAUUGACAGAUGAGUACAAUCAAUUCCUUUGCAGAAGCAUUGUUUACAUUCUUGGGAAAUCCAUCUAUUUCAGCGUAGAACAAAGUCAAACAGACUUUUUUUUUCUUGCAUCUCAAAAAAUAAAUGAAAAAAAUGCCAUGACAACGGUGAAAUCUCACUGUCGGCGGAUGUACAAAUUUUCUUUUGUAUGCAGAACAUACAGAGAUAUUUAUAAAUAUAGCAUUUGCUUUUUCUUUAUUGUACCUUUUUAUAUAUAAUUAUAUGUGUAAUUAAACAGCUUAAAGUUUGUAUGUAAUAAAUACUAAAGGUAAAAUGGUUUCUACAAUAUAUUUUUUAUAUUAGUUUACAACUUUUUUUAAAAAAAAAUGCAUUUUAGCUGUAAAUACUUUACGGAAGGUGGUAUAUUUAUGAAACGUUCUUGUUUUUUUGUUUUGUGAGAUAAAUAAAACAACUUCCUAUGCCAUUUUGUUGGCUUACUCAUCAAAAUGUAACAUUAAUCAGAAAUUUGAUGAAAGAGGCUUCAUAAAUAAUAUAGAAAUAUGUCCUUUAUAUCUUACAUUAAAGGAAAAAAAAAGAACAAGCAUUGAAGAGACUGUAGACAAGAUAAUAUUGCAGAUAAUAAAUUAAAAAUAUUAAGUGA